AUGGCAACAGACAUAAGCAAACAAAGAAGGAAUCAGACAAUUGCUGAACCCAAAUAUUGGUGGUCGAAAUUCAAUUUCUUUAUCAAUAUACACGCUUUCUCUUUCAUAACCUACUACAUUCAAGUUUAUUCAGUUCCUUAUUCUGUGCAUCUUUUGUCUUUCUUUCUUUCUUUCUUUCUUUCUUUCUUUCUUUUUUCUUUCUUUCUUUCUUUCUUUCUUCUCUAUACCGCUUUUUCUUUCAUAACCUAUUACAUUCAAUUUUAUUCAGUUCCUUUUUCUCUUUUUCCUUUUCUUUUCUUUCUUUCUUUCUUUCUUUCUUUCUUUCUUUCCUUCCUUCCUUCUAUUCUUUCUUUCUUUCUUUCUUCUCUAUACCGCUUUUUCUUUCAUAACCUAUUACAUUCAAUUUUAUUCAGUUCCUUUUUCUCUUUUUACUUUUCUUUCUUUCUUUCUUUCUUUCUUUAUUUCUUUCUUUCUUUCUUUCUUUCUUUCCUUCCUUCCUUCUAUUCUUUCUUUCUUUCUUAUCUAUACCGCUUUUUCUUUCAUAACCUAUUACAUUCAAUUUUAUUCAGUUCCUUUUUCUCUUUUUCCUUUUCUUUUCUUUCUUUCUUUCUUUCUUUCUUUCCUUCCUUCCUUCUAUUCUUUCUUUAUUUCUUUCUUUCUUCUCUAUACCGCUUUUUCUUUCAUAACCUAUUACAUUCAAUUUUAUUCAGUUCCUUUUUCUCUUUUUCCUUUUCUUUCUUUCUUUCUUUCUUUCUUUCUUUCUUUCUUUCCUUCCUUCCUUCUAUUCUUUCUUUCUUUCUUAUCUAUACCGCUUUUUCUUUCAUAACCUUUUACAUUCAAUUUUAUUCAGUUCCUUUUUCUCUUUUUCCUUUUCUUUUCUUUUCUUUCUUUCCUUCCUUCUUUCUUUCUUUCUUUCUUAUCUAUACCGCUUUUUCUUUCAUAACCUCUUACAUUCAAUUUUAUUCAGUUUCUUAUUCUGUGUUUCUUGCUAUUAUUCUUUCUCUUUCUUUCAUUCUUUUUUCUUUAUUUCUUUCUUUCUGUCUUACCUUAUUCUUUCUUUCAUUCUUUCUUUCAUUUUUCUCUCUCUCUUUCUUUCUAUCUUGCUUUCUUUCUUUUCUAAUCUGCUUUGUCUUUUAUAACCUACUACAUUCAAUUUCAUUCAAUUCCUUAUUCUCUCUUUCUUUCUUUCUGUCUUUUUUUCUUUCUUUCUUUCUUUCUUUUCUAUUCCGCUUUCUCUCUCAUAACCUACUAUAUUUAAUUAUAUUCAUUUCCUUAUUCCUUCUUUCUUUCUUUCUUUUUUUCUUUUCUAUUCCGCUCUCUUUGCUUAUUCCUUCUUUCUAUCUUUCUUUCUUUCUUUCUUUUCAUUCUUUUCUUUCUCUCUCUCUCUCGUUCUUUUUAUUCUGUCAUUUUUCUUUCUUUCUUUCCUUCUUUCUUUCUUUCUAUCUUUCUUAUCUAUACCGCUUUUUCUUUCAUAACCUAUUACAUUCAAUUUUUUCAGUUCCUUAUUCUCUUUUUUCCUUUUCUAUUCUUUCUUUUCUUUCUCUCUCUCUCUCUUUCUUUCUUUCUUUCGUAUUCUGCUUUCUCUUUCAUAAUCAACUACAUUCUAUUUUAUUCAGUUCAUUAUUGAUUCUUCUGUCCUUCUUUCUUUUCCAUACGGCUUACACUUUCAUAACCUACUACAUUCAAUUUUAUUCAGUUCAGUUUCCUGUCAUUCUCGCAUUAUUCUUUCUUUCUUUCUUUCAUUUUUUUUCUUUCUUUCUUUCUUUCUUUCUUUCUUUCAUUCAUUCAUUCUUUCUUUCUUUCUUUCUUUCUUUCUUUCUUUUCUAUUCCGCUCUCUCUUUCAUAACCUACUACAUUCAAUUUUAUUCAGUGCCUUUUUCUUUCUUCCUGACUCUCUUUCCUUCUCUGAGUCAUUUUUUCUAUUUUUCUUUCUCUUCUCCUUUCUUUCUUUCUUUCUUUCUUUUUUUCUCUCUACUCCUUAAUUUACCCUUUCCUUCUAAAUUUUGUCUCUUCUAUACUAAUUUCUUUCUGACGCUGUUUUUUUCUUUUAAUCUGUCUUUUAUUAUUUUUAAGUGUUCUUUCCCAUACUUCUCAUUUCUUUCUUUCUUUCUUUCUUUCUUUCUUUCUUUUUUAAGAUGUCUUUCCUUCACUUUCCUUUUAUUGUUUGUUUGUUUAUUUUUGCUUUUCUUUUUCUCUUUGUUUCGCCUUCCUUUCAAAAUUCUCUUUCUUUCACUUCGUCAUUAUUUCUUUCUUUAUCUUUCUUUUCUCUUUGUUAUUCAUUACUUUCCAAAUUGUCUUUCUUUCACUUCACCUUUCCUUUGUGCUUUCUUUCUUUCUUACCUUCUUUCUUUCUUUCUUUCUUUCUUUCUUCGUCUUUCAUUCCUUUCUAAGUUUUCUUUCCUUCACUUCCCCUCUGUGUGCUUGUUUGUUUGUUUGUUUCUCUCUUUCUUUUUUAUUUUCUUUCUUUUUCUAUCUUCCCUUCUAAAUGUUCCUCCCUUCUAUACUAAUUUCUUUCUUACUUUCUUUCUUUCUUAUCAUCUGUCUUUCAUUACUUUUUAA